AUGGCAAAAGGGAUUGAGUCACUUCUCAUGAGUCAGGGUGCGCGUGGAGACCGCCCAGAGACUGUGAAGCCUGGUAUAACAGAGUUGCCGGUAUUGCCCCCGUACACCCCGGAGACUGGCAGCAUCGAUCUGAUUAACUGGGUUACCCAUAUUACGCCUAUUAUGGAGGACUUGAGUGACUCGUCGAGUUUGUGGUGGUCGGAUACAUUGAGGGAAGUUAUGUUGUGGUACAGCAAGUAUUCUGUGGCUACCCCGCUGGAAAGAAUACAAUUGUUACCUGUGGUUUCAUCUUCUGCAAGCAAGCCAGAGUGGGCCAGAGUGGAGAGGCGGGCUACAGCGAUGAUGCUUACAGCUAUACCUGCCAGCUUGAAAGAAGAAGUCAUAGCUGCAGGAGGUGUGAAUACGCUGAACUUGCUGGCCAAGCUUUUCUCUACGUAUCAGCCUGGGAAUCGGCAAGAAAAGGCCCUCGUCCUCGCCAACCUGGAACGACCGGGAGAAUGCCAAGACGCGGCUACAGCAGUAGAGGCUUUGAGGAAGUGGGCCCUUUGGCGGAAGUGUGCGAUGGCUAUUGGGAUCACGGAGCCGGACUCAAGCGUUUUGCUGCAGGGCUUGGACAGGAUAUGCAGUGCAGUAGUCCGAGCGGACCCGGAGCUGGCCUUUCGGGUUAGCCUUAUACAGUCGACGCUACAAGUUGAUGUGAAUCCCACUUCGGUUUCCGUGACGAAGUUUUUUCAGCACUUGCAGGCGGAGCUGGAGCAGCAGGCACGACUGGGAGCUUCGCGUGGAGUGGAGUUGAACCCGAGACUCAAGAAAGUUGGCUUUGAUGGGGCUACAGAGGCAGUUGUCAAGGUUAUGGCUGUACUACAGGAGGUGAAGAAGGUGGAUGGAUUUAGCUCUCUGGUAUCUACGGUGGAUAAGUGGGUGAAGAACUGGGGUGGAUUUACAUCCUCAAAGCCUGCGCUUAUGGAUAGUGGAGCAACGCAUUCCCUUCGACCACCCCGCGAUGAGCAAGAAUGGAAGGAUGCAAUGAAGGUGGGUGUUGCUUUAGCUGGUGACUCCAAGACAGUUAUGAGACAAAACGCAGCUGGGACACUGUUGAGUGGAGAUGAGCUUACGCAGGUUAUUGUUCCACUGGGCAGAGUUAUUACAAGCCUGGGUUACAAUCUCAGAUGGACUGCCACAGAAUGCUGCUUGGAACGUGGCGCCGGGGAGCGCAUUCCUUUACAGGUGGUACGUGGAUGCCCGGAGGUGGAUGAGCCAACUGCCCAGCAGCUGAUAGAUGAACUUGAGCGUUGUCAGGUCCCUCAACUUCAAGAAGCUACUUUGGACUCCGUGAAGAUUCUAAAGAAUGUGGAGGUUAGCUGGCGGUCCUGCUUGCUUGAGUAUGUUGUGAGUGGAAAUGUGGAGUCGGGAAAAGAGGCACUUCGGAGGGCUAUGUUCUUUGAUGAACGAGAACACGAAGAUCUAAGUACCCUCUUACUUCGGCAACCUGGUGAUGGAGGCUGGGGAUAUAUGAAAGAUUUGGGCCUCAACCGACGUACAAGGAAAAGGCUGAUGAGGGCUUCUACCUGGAUUGUACGUUGGGACCCGCCGGGAUUCACCAGGAAGUCAGAUGUGCUGCAAGGUGUGGGCCGGCUGUCGGAGGUCGCCUACCUCAACGUUGGGUCGCUCCUAGCACAGGGACAGUGCUACCGGGGAAGUACCGUACCUAGGUUUCUGGUUGAGCGACGCCGUGGUGCAAAUGUGGAUUCCUUGGACUGGAUGUGCGAUGGAAAGGCCCAGCGCUAUUGUGAUGAGAUGUGUCUUUCAGACCCAAUGUUUCGAGAGGAGGAGUCCAUCGAGAUUGUGAAUGGGCUUACAGGUGCAGUAUACGGCGCUGGAGGGCGCAUAAAGCUGUCCAGGAUGUCGCAAGACGCGGCAUGGCGUUUACACGUCACGCGGAAUCAUCAACCAUUUCGUCGUGAUUGUGCACCAUGCGUGCGCAAUGCUGCAACAGGCAAGCAGCACCGCGCAACGCUGCACCCGACUGGAUACACGUUAUCCAUUGACCUGGCCGGUCCUCUGCGUGGGGCUGGCAAAUCGCCGGAUGGAAAAUAUUUCAAGUAUUUCCUGGUUGGGGAGCCUGAAGUGGAUGAUGACCCUGUCCUCUCGGAUGAAGACCAGGAGGAAGCUCAUCUUGAGGAGGAGGAAGAUAUGGCGCCGGUUGCUGAGGAGCGUCGGGAACAGGAGGAGUGGCAACGGCUUAAGGAGAAGUUCAAGGCGCCGCUCAUGACGGAGACUUUAUAUUUCUGUGUCCCGAUGAACAGCAAGAAGUCGUUGCAUAUUCUUCCGGCUUUACAGCAGAUGGUUGUAGAUGUUCGUGGGCUUGGUUACCCUGUCACAAGGUAUUACGAGGACCACUUCUACAGGGUCGGGGGCCGGAUCUUGUUGGAUGCAGCGGAGCUAGGGCGUGAACACUGGCCUACAGCGAUCCAAUCAGUGUAUGUGAAAACCAACUGGAGAUGUGGAAAGUAUGAAGCCACAUUGGAUGCAGGGGAAAUACCUGGGACCCUCUACAGAUGUGCGUGGAGGUUGGACGAUGUGGCGCCUCCCAUACUUGUUGAUAGUGAGGAUCCGCCACCCUUGCCGGCCCCACUGGAGCCACCAGACGCAGACCAAUUGAAGAAGUUGCAGCCGAACAUCCCGGAGAUAAACAUCGAGUUGAAUGCUUUGCCGCCGUAUCCUACUGGUCCGCCGAUUACAUAUAGCCCACCUGGUACCCGUGUCCGUGGAAAGUCACCUGGCGUUAGAAUGAGAGCGUUGCGAGAUGGGGAUUAUGAGGACAUGUGUGAGUCGCUUGAGGGGGACGAUGGUGAGGUCGAUCAGUCCUUACAGCAGGAGGAGAUCAUGAUGAAAGUCUUGAAAGCGCAGGAGAAGCAGGCGGUGGAGGCAGUGGCUCGUGAGUUGCUGGCCGCAGGGGACUUCUCGAAAGCAGCGUGUCAAAGAUUGAUGAGAGCUCUGGGAGGAUUCCAUACUCGGUGGAAAACACCAAGGACCUCGGAGGGACAAGGCAUGGUUUUGGGGGCCUAUGUACGAGGAGGCUCGUUUGGGGUCACCACUCAUGGGCGGGAGAUGCCCUACACUAUGCGUUUCCUGAACAAGUUUUUGCUGGUCAGAUUACAGUAUACUAUGCCGGGGUCUACAAGCAAUUGGACUACACUGGCUGUACAACGGGCCAAUGAGAUCCCGGCCCAUCGUGAUGUGCACAAUCAAAAGGGAACCCGGAACUAUGUCAUGGAGAUUGCAGAUGAGUCCCUGGAAGGUUUAUGGGUGGAGGGUACAGAGGAGAGUCACCAAGUCCAAGGUGGAGAUGGCUUAUCCUACCCGCACGAGUAUCAAACUCCGGACGGCCAGGUUCAUUAUGGGCGGGUGCACUCUAUAGAUGAGCCGGUGGCGUUUGACCCACGGUCGAGGCAUGCAAUGGUGAAUGAGCCUGGUAUGAAGUGGGUGCUCUCGGCAUAUACUCCCUCUGGUGUGCAACGUCUACUGCAAGCAGAUGUGGAAUUAUUUGUUUUCUCAAGUCAAGGGUUCCCGGUGACAGGAACUGGAGUCGCACUUCCGACGGUGCGAGCAAUUCAAAGAGUUUCAUAUUCAGCCGGCGCUUCAUGGGAAACCACACCCAUGGAAGAGGCUCCUUCCUUUUGGCCACAGUUCGUAGCCUCGAGUGGAUCUCAGGCGGCAGGGGCAAGGGAGGAGGUUGAGGCCCAUGCGUUUGGUGAUGAUGGUGAUGAAGCAGAGGGCGAAUGGGAGCUGUUUGUGGAGGACAGUGAGGAGUCAUGUAUUAUGGAGCGUGAUUCUGAAUGUGGAGAUGAAUCCCUUCCUCGCCUACGUGCUUUAUGCAGUACAGUAGAUCCUGGGCCGGAGUAUGAGUUGCUUCGUCGAAGAUAUGAAGGGCAUCUUGAUGAUGAAAAGGCGGACCCAGGGGUUCAGGAGGAGAUGGCAGCAAACUUGGAGGAGUGGGAGCUGGCGUUUCCUCGUAUAGCAAAGGUGGAGCCUGAAUAUACGGAGGAUAUUGAGGGGCUGAUUUCGGGCCUCGUUGAGCCGCUGCGUCACACGCACAAUGUGAGCCCGAAAGAGGUUCGAGCUGCUGUGGAACGAUGGCGGAAGUCUAUUGAGAAGGAGCUCCGGGUUGUGGAGAAAGGGUUCUACCGUACAGACGUUGAAGGUGUACGAAAACUUCGAAGGACGCAUCAGAUCCAGGAGCUACCGGCCAAGCUGGUCUACACCAUUAAGCCCCCGGCAGAAGACGCUGUUCCUGGCACGGAGGAGGCCAAAUGCAAACGCAAGGCUCGUAUCGUACGCUGUGGCAACUUCAAUGAGCAGGAUCCUGGAGAAGUUUUUGCUUCAGGUGCUGCAGCGGAAUCCCUGCAGUGUGCUUUGACUUUAGCUGCAUUGCGGAGGUGGGCAGCUGGAGGUCUGGAUAUUGGUGGAGCUUUUAUGCUAACACCCCUGCCGCAGGACAAAGUGCUUUUUGCCACCACUCCACCGGCCAUUUUGGUACAAUUGGGUCUGGCAACGGCCACCGAAAGGUGGAUUCUGACACGGGCUAUGUAUGGACUGCGGCAGGCCCCUCGUCUAUGGUCGGAGUUCAGGGAUGAGGUGGUAAAGAAGAUGCGUACACUUGGAUGGUGUUGA